AGCACCAUCCAACCAUCUAUCCAUGUGCUGGUAACGCACAUGGCCAAGCUACAAACCGACAACCUUACAUUAAAUAAACACAAUUGAUCCUAAUAAAUACAAAACAAAACAACCUUGUCCUCUUCUCCAAUUCCUUCUUACGUUUUCUGUUCUCUCUCUUCAAAAGUCAAAAACCCAAGUUAGUGCUUGAUUAGUGAUUAAAGAGAUUCCAAACUCGAGAAAUGAGCAAUGAGUGUGUUUCAAGACUUUGACCCCACAUGUGCUGUUUUUAGAUAUCAUUUAUGAAUCACUUCAAUACCCAUUAAAAUUCUCUCUUUUUAUUUUUUUUGUUACAAGAAAGUGAAAUUAAGAGUCAAUGCUCUCUUUACUUUCCUUUUUCUGUGAAUCAUUGUGAGGGUUUUUGGAAGGGAAUUUGGUUGUUGACCUAAACUUUUGGUUGAUUAGAUAGUUAGGUGACAAAUUCUAUGUUUUUUUGGGGUUUAUGAAAUGGAGUGGUUCUAGGGUUUUCAAGUGGUGUUGUUGAGUUGAUUCUGUUAAUUUUUUUUUUGUGGGUUGCUGAGAAUUGUUGUAAAGGUUGAAACUUUGGGAAAUUGAAAUUUGGAAGAGGCUGCAUUGUUGGAUACAAAGUUCAUCUCUUUUCCUAAAUGGCUUGCAUGAAAUUGGGGUCUAAACCUGAUGCAUUCCAGCGGCAAGGGCAAGCAUGGUUCUGCACGACCGGGCUUCCCAGCGAUAUAGUUGUUGAAGUUGGCGAGAUGUCUUUCCAUCUUCACAAGUUCCCUUUGCUCUCAAGAAGUGGGGUUUUGGAAAGAUUGAUAGCCAAAGCUUCUGAAUCAGAGGAAGAAUGUGGUAUACCCCUUCACGACAUUCCGGGUGGGGCCAAAACAUUUGAGCUUGUAGCAAAAUUCUGCUAUGGUGUGAAACUUGAACUCACGGCAUCAAAUGUUGUGGGCCUAUGGUGUGCUGCUGAGUAUCUUGAAAUGACUGAGGAAUACGGUGAAGGUAAUCUUAUUUCGCAAGCGGAGGGCUUUUUCAAUCAAGUGGUUCUUCGAAGUUGGAAAGACUCCAUGAGGGCACUUCAAACGUGUGCUGAUGUUUUGGACAAAGCCGAAGAACUCCACAUUGUGAAAAGGUGCAUUGAAUCACUUGCAGCAAAGGCAUCUACUGACCCAAAUUUAUUUGGGUGGCCGGUACUAGAGCGUGGCGGUCCCUUGCAGAGUCCUGGUGGAAGUGUUUUGUGGAAUGGAAUAAGUACCGGAGCGAGACCAAAGAAUACAAGUUUAGAUUGGUGGUAUGAGGAUGUCGCAAAUUUGAGUUUACCGAUUUACAAGAGGCUGAUAGCUGUCAUGGAGUCUCGGGGCAUUAGACAGGAAAUUAUUGCUGGUUCUCAUGCUUUCUACGCGAAAACAUAUUUGCCUGGUUUAAAUCGACGUAAGGUUUCCGGCGAGGCCAGUACGCGGCUAACCCCGGCGGCUUUAGGGUCUCCACUAUCUGAAGAAGAUCAAAAGACUCUUAUAGAAGAAAUCGAUCAACUACUUCCGAUGCAGAAGGGCUUGGUCCAAACAAAGUUCCUGUUCGGCCUACUACGAACAGCCAUGAUUUUACGAGUGAGCUUGUCUUGCAUAUCAAGUUUGGAGAAACGGAUCGGGAUGCAGCUUGAUCAAGCUGCUUUGGAAGAUCUCUUGAUGCCAAGUUUUUCGUAUUCAAUGGAAACACUUUACAAUGUUGACUGUGUGCAAAGAAUUCUUGAUCAUUUCCUUGCAAUGGAUCAGGUUACAGGUGGUGCCUCUCCAUCAUGCUCAGUUGACGACGAUGGCCAGUUGAUUGGUUCGCCGUCACUGACACCGAUCACUAUGGUAGCAAAACUGAUCGACGGAUACCUGGCAGAGGUUGCUCCAGAUGUUAACGUAAAACUUCCCAAGUUUCAAUCCCUUGCUGCUGCUGUUCCAGAGUAUGCCAGGCCUUUGGAUGACGGUUUAUAUCGUGCUAUAGAUAUUUAUUUGAAGUCUCAUCCAUGGUUGGUGGAGUCGGAGCGAGAGGAGUUAUGCAGGCUAAUGGACUGCCAGAAGCUCUCACUAGAAGCAUGCACCCACGCCGCACAAAACGAGAGGCUACCCAUUAGAAUCAUAGUUCAAGUUCUAUUCUUCGAGCAGCUCCAGCUCCGAACUUCAAUCGCCGGCUGCUUUCUAGUUUCAGACAAUCUCGACGGCUCAAGAAACUUAAGAAGCGGUUUAGUUGGGUCCAACGAGGGUGGAUGGGCAUCCGCCGUAAAGGAAAACCAGGUACUGAAAGUCGGGAUGGAUAACAUGAGAAUGAGGGUAUCCGAGCUCGAGAGAGAGUGCUCAAACAUGAGGCAAGAGAUCGAGAAACUCGGCGGUAAGGCAAAAGGAUCAACGACAAGCGCUUGGGGAGCGGUGUCGAAGAAACUUGGGUUUAAGAUAAAGUCUCAGAUGUGUAGUGCUCAAGAAGGGUCUGUUAGCAAACAGAACAAUGGGAAUAAUAAGGUUGAGAAGUUGAAGGAUAGAAAUGUAAAGCAUAAUAGAAAUUCUUCUAUUAGUGACAAAGGAUCAGUUUCUUCAAUUGUUCAUUCUUAGUGUCCAAGUGUUUUUUCCCUCUGUUAUGUUACUGUGUCAUAUGCUAAACAACGGCGACACAUUUCCAUCUCGUACGAGUUUAUUUGAGAUGGAAAUGUCGUCUGCCGCUGUUUAGUUUUUAACUGUAAACUGUAGCUUUAGUUUUUUUUUCUUUUCUCUUUUGUACCAUUCUGCCUAUGAUUAUAAAAUGUGUAUGUCAUUUGAAUUUUGGAAGAGGGAUGCUUAUAGAUGCAGCUAUUUGUUCUUUUUAUAA